CAGAUUUGGAGAGGAAUGAAGGCGGAGCACCGCCUCCCCAGAAGACCGAGAGAUGCUGGGAAAGGGAACCUAAGGGAGGAGGCGGGAGGGGGCAGGCGAACCAGGCUGAGGCCCUGGGCGGUGUCACAGGGCGGCGAAAGGCAAAGGCCCCGCCCACCAGGGAGGUGGAUGAAGUACCACUCCCACCAGCGCCCCGGCCCCGCCCCUGCUUUCAAUCAGGUCCGACUAUACACCAUAACAUCAGCGCGCGCAGCACCCGCUCCCCAUUCGCAUCGGAGACCUGAGGCUAUCAGGAUGUCUGGCAGAGGCAAAGGCGGGAAGGGGCUCGGCAAGGGGGGCGCCAAGCGCCACCGUAAGGUGCUGCGUGACAACAUCCAGGGCAUCACCAAGCCGGCCAUCCGGCGCCUGGCGCGGCGCGGCGGCGUCAAGCGCAUCUCGGGGCUGAUCUACGAGGAGACGCGCGGCGUGCUCAAGGUGUUCCUGGAGAACGUCAUCCGCGACGCCGUCACCUACACCGAGCACGCCAAGAGGAAGACGGUCACGGCCAUGGACGUAGUCUACGCGCUUAAGCGCCAGGGACGCACCCUUCCUGGUGUUGCCCUUUACCGGUGCGGUUCUUUCGCAAUGGCCCGCACGAAGCAGACGGCGCGUAAGUCGACAGGCGGGAAGGCGCCCCGCAAGCAGCUGGCCACCAAGGCGGCCCGCAAGAGCGCGCCGGCCACGGGCGGCGUCAAGAAGCCGCACCGCUACCGGCCCGGCACGGUGGCGCUGCGCGAGAUCCGGCGCUACCAGAAGUCCACGGAGCUGCUGAUCCGCAAGCUGCCCUUCCAGCGCCUGGUGCGCGAGAUCGCGCAGGACUUCAAGACCGACCUGCGCUUCCAGAGCUCGGCCGUCAUGGCGCUGCAGGAGGCCAGCGAGGCCUACCUGGUGGGGCUCUUCGAGGACACCAACUGUGCGCCAUCCACGCCAAGCGCGUCACCAUCAUGCCCAAGGACAUCCAGCUUGCCCGACGCAUCCGCGGGGAGAGGGCAUAAGCAGAACUAAAACUCGAAAGUUGGUUUUAAUCUUGUCUUUUAAUCACCCAAAGGCUCUUUUAAGAGCCACUCCAUGCACAACAAAACGAGCUGUAACACUGCAAUGCAACAGAAAAAGUCUUAAAUUUAUUAUGUUAUCUGUUAUGCUUAUAUACAGGCAAAGAGCAGAAAAUAAUGUCAAUAUUUUUAUUGCACAAUAAAAGGAGCUGUUAACACUAUCAAU